UAGGAGAGAGAAGGAUAUUUUGGCAGAGAGGAGGAGGUGCGUUUGGAGACGGGUGCGGGGCAGGAGAUAUUUUCAGCAAGAGAUUCUUUCUAGGAGAGGAAGUUUUGGUUGGAAAAAAAAAAAGCUAGAGGAGCUAAGGGAGUAUUUUGGUUGGAGGGAUUUUCUGAGAACGAGGGGGAUAUUUUGCUGAGGGAGAGGAGAGUAUAUUAAUUUUUUAAGAGAAAGGUGGUCUUGGAGGCUGGCUGGAGAUUUUUUUAAGGGGGGGAUCUUUUCUUAGAGAGGCAAGUCUGGACGAGAACAGAGGGAGGUGCGUUUGGAGAGGUGUUGUUCUGGAGAUUUUUUUUUCAGGUGUGAGUGUUCUUUAGCUGGGAGGAGGCAAGCAAGAAAAGAUGACUAAGGAUUUUUGGAGGGAGGUGAAGGAUAUUUUCGAGAGCAUUCCUUUGGCUUGGAGGUCAAGACAGAGGAGGGGAGAUGAUCAUAAUUUUCUAGGCUGCUGAUGAGAGACCAGAGGGGCAAGCUUGCCGGUUUAGUCGGCAUUGGAGGAGGACUUAAGGCAUUUACAGCUGAACAGAGCCUUACUAGAAAGGUUCUCUCAGGUAUGAAUGCAACUGACUUAUUGUUUGAUUUGGAUUCUUAUUACUCCAUUACAUUUCCUAUUGAUGUUUGAGUGGUUGUUGGUUUGCUUGGGGUGGAUAAUAAAGGCCACUUAUUAGUUGUUGAGAUAUCAUCCUGAAUUCAUGUCUGUCUUUGUUAAUCUUGGUGUGCCACGUCUCUGUUAUGAAAUACCCAAGAAUCCUUCCAAUAUUUGCAUUUGAUGCUAUUUUUCUCACCUAAGAAGAAGGUUCACUGAUGAUUCAUGAUGUGAAGCCUCCUUUGAGGACAUUUUUAUUUGUUUCUUCUAUGCUCUGUUUUCCAUGCAUUUUUCAUUGUCGAGGCCACUUCGAUUCCUGGAUCUUGUUCAUUAUAUGGACUGAGAGGGGGAGAAGAAGAAGAAGAAGAAGCAGAAAUGAUGAGUAGAAGCUUAGGAAUUCCAGUGAAGCUGCUUCAUGAAGCUGCAGGGCAUGUGGUUAUAGUGGAGCUCAAGAGUGGAGAAUUGUACAGAGGAAGCAUGAUCGAAUGCAAAGACAACUGGAAUUGCCAACUCGAGAACAUCACCUUCACUGUUAAGGAUGGAAAGGUUUCUCAACUUGAGCAUGUCUUUAUCCGUGGUAUCAAAGUCAGGUUCAUGGUCAUUCCAGAUAUGCGGAAGAAUGCUCCAAUGUUCAAGCGUCUUGAUGCUAGAGUUAAGGGCAAGGGCUCAGCUCUUGGAGUUGGCCGUGGUCGUGCUGUUGCGAUGCGAGCAAGAGCUCAGGCUGCUGGUCGUGGAGCACCACCUGGUAGGGGAGUUGCACCUCCUGGGCGGAGCUAGGAUCCUAAAUUGAAGUUCCAUGGGAUGUGUUCACAUUUGUACAUAUGUUGCAGAAGACAAUUUGCUUUUCUU